ACAACAGAGGAUGGACAGUCCCCGAUACGGUCAGUAGGUGGCGGUGUUCAUCGCGUAGACAGCAGGAAGUUAGAUGACAUCCGCAUCACAUCCGUGAAAAACACAACAUUAGAACAACAUUAGAAGGUCUGAGUGAGUCCCAUCAAAGUUCUUCUAAGACAGUCUGUAGAUGUCAACUGGAGGUCCAAAGGGGGAGAACUGUCUUGUAGACAUGGACAGCAAGGCUGGCGAUCUGUUCAGUGCUGAGGAUGCUCAUCCAACUGGUACAGGCGGAGCUGGAAUCAUGGCAAAGCUCUGGCUCCCCAAAGGUUUCUCAGCCAGUAUGGCUAAAGAGUGGUUUGAUAGGCGUCGUAUGUCCAUUCGACCUUGGGCCAGCUUCGUGGACCAACGCAAGUUUUCAAAACCCCGCAACUUUGGAGAGAUGUGUCAGAGGAUUGUGAAAAAUGUGGAAAUUUACAACAGCAACUAUACCUUCAUCUUCCUGGGUCUCAUCCUCUACUGCAUAAUCAGCUCACCGAUGCUGCUGAUUGCCUUGGCUGUGUACGCUGGUGCCUUCUACAUAAUUCACCUCAAGUCCCUGGAGUCCAAACUGGUUGUCCUCGGCAGGGAAUUGACUGUCCCUCACCAGAUGAGUCUGGCUGGAGUUGUUUCUCUUCCUGUGUUCUGGCUAGCUGGAGCUGGAGCUGCAGUCUUUUGGGUCCUGGGAGCGACGCUGUUUGUGAUUGGCUCUCAUGCCGCGUUCCGUGAGCUGGAGGCAUCCGACAUCGAAGAGCUCCUCAUGGAGCCUGUGUGAGGAGUAGACUGAACUCUCGGCAGGUGAUGGUCGACGAUCAGUCAUCACUUUGACCCUGUAAUAAUGUUAACCCAGGAGGGGUUGAGGAAAAACCUGCUCCAAGAUCUGCUCCAUAGUUAUUUGUGCAUCCUGUAUACCUUGUAUCUUACCUGUGCCAGUGUACCAACAAUACACCUUGUCUUGCUGCUAAAGUAGUCGUUAUUACUAACUGCAUUGCCUUUUUCAAACUCAGUCAUACACAUAACUUGCCAGAUGCAAAAAUAAUUAAUGUUACAGAUUAUUAUGAUAUGAACUACGAGGACUAUAUGCCUUUCUCUACUUAUUUUAUACCUUGGAUGCCUCUGGUUUGUGUCAAAUAGCCUCUGGCUCCCUGCAGUAUCCCUUACAUGGUGGCAUAUCUUUCAGCUUAUUAAUCUUACAGAACUAUCUGUGCUGCACACUCUGCUGUAGAUAUAUUCAGCUUCUGUAUCUAAUGCUUAUGACAAGGUUGCUGAUUUCUCAUGUAAAGAUAACGUAUACAGUAAAUGCAAUGUUCGCAACUCUAAACUGUAAGUUCGCAACUCUAAACUGCUAAAACAUGAUUUAUUUUCCAAAGGAAAAAGUGCCAUUUAAAGCUUUAAAAAUCUGUCUCUUAUUAUGACCAUGCACAAAUAAAAAUUGUAUAUUAAUGAGAAUACAAAAACUAUUUGGGAUUUGAGGUAGGGUACCAAACAGAGGUAGGCUGAUGAAAAGAACUGUUGAAAGGUCAGUACAUUGUGAAGGUGUUUUGCAUUGGGAUAAUGUGGUACAUUGAUGACUGUGUGUAUGCAUAUUUAUCAGCUCUACUUCCGGGAUUCCGAUUUGAAGGUCAUUCUGUAAACCUCAACUGUUUCUUCAUUGUAAUUCAUUCUUCAUUUGUUUACACUUUGAUGUAAGUUGGAUGCUUUUUGUAUUUAAGUGACAUUUUGGAAGUGCAAUAAACCCCUGGUGUAAAGAUA